GGACUGCCUCUUUGGGAAAACAACAGCAACAACAACAGCAAACAACAAAGACGACGACGACGACGACGACAACAACCACGACGACAACCACGACAACGACAAUAACAACGAUCACGGCAACAAGAGCAGUGCAGACUCUUCUACGACGACGACGACGACCACCACCACCACUACCAGACGCUGGUCAGGCACCAGCCAAUCGUGAUUUCCUGCGCGUCGACCGCCUUACUAUUUCGGCCUCUCCCUGUCAAACACACAUCACGCCCAUGUACUUCAUCUGAGAGGGAGAGAAGAGAGAGAGAGAAAGAGAGAAAGAGAGAGAUAGAGAGACAGAGUAGAGAGAGAAACAGGGAGAAAUAGCGCUGCGAAGGAGGUACCUCAUUACUGUAGUGACUGCCUGGACGAACUGAACCGGCUGGAAGCGCACGACGAAACGAGGAGCCCCCGCCUAGCCUUGUACGCCCUUAGAAACUACCUUCUGCCGUACCUGCCUUUGCUCUCUCAUUACCUGACUCUGCUGCGACGCUUCCUUCGCGAUUGCUACCUCCUUCUACUUCCGGACCCCCACAUCCGAGUGCCAGCCAGCUUUGUCCAAACUGGACGCAACGAACGCGGCUACUAACCAUCUCCUUCACAUCCACGCCUCCUCGUCCGUCACGCUCGUCCUGUUCCCCCAGCAGCGCAGCGCCCUUCGAUCGAUCGAUUCGCCAUGGCACGCUCUCGGCCCCUUCGACGUAUGUCCAGCGGCUCCAGCUCCAGCUCAUCUUCGACCUCUCCCGAGCGCGGCGCGGACGAUGACAAUGACUCCUUCAUGCUGCAGGCGAACGACUCGCAGUCCUCGCUGGGCGGCGACAUGUCCCCCGAGUUGUCGCAGACAGAAGCCAUGCGCAGAGAGUACGAGGAGAGAUGUCGAGUGUCGCCGGUGCAUCGCUUACCUGCGGAACUGCUGAUUAGCAUCUUCUCUCGCCUGACUUCGCCGCGCGAUCUGCAGACGUCGAUGCUGGUAUGCAAGGAAUGGGCAAGAAAUAGCGUGGGAUUGCUCUGGCAUCGCCCUGCCAUGAAUCGAUGGGAGAGCAUACACAGUGUGAUCAUGUCCAUUCGGAAGAGUGACAAGUUCUUUGCGUAUCAGGACCUGGUGAAGAGGCUGAAUAUGUCAACCCUGGGCGGGCAAGUGAGCGACGGAACUCUGGUCGGCAUGCAAGAGUGCAAACGGAUUGAACGCCUCACCCUCACCAACUGCUUCAAGUUGACGGACUUGAGCAUUGCGCCGCUUAUCGAUAUGAAUCGGAGUCUCCUUGCGCUGGACGUGACGGGACUGGACCAGUUGACAGAUCGGACUAUGAUGUUCGUCGCAGACAACUGCCUGCGACUACAGGGCCUGAAUGUGACGGGCUGUAAGAAGCUAACAGACAACUCGAUUAUGGCGAUCGCGAAGAACUGUCGACAUCUGAAGCGCCUAAAGUUCAACAACUGCGUGCAAUUGACGGAUCAGUCGAUAGAGACUGUAGCUACCUACAGCACCCAUCUUCUCGAAAUCGAUCUCUAUGGCUUACAUCAGUUGGAGAGCCCUUCGAUAACAGCGCUCCUCACCAGCUGUCCGCAUCUUCGUGAACUGCGUCUCGCGCAUUGCGCACAGAUCAACGACUCCGCCUUCCUGAACAUACCCUACGAUCCCGACCACCCCACAACGUUUGACUCUUUACGAAUCCUGGACUUGACCGAUUGCAGCGAGCUCGGAGACAAAGGCGUGGAGAGGAUCAUCCAAAGUUGUCCGCGGCUUCGCAAUCUGAUAUUAGCAAAAUGUCGGCAAAUCACAGAUCGCGCAGUCUUCGCAAUCACAAGGCUCGGCAAGAAUCUGCACUAUAUCCACCUCGGUCAUUGUGCGCGUAUCACAGAUUCUUCCGUGGAGGCGUUGGCAAAGGCAUGCAAUCGAAUACGCUACAUCGACUUGGCAUGCUGCAGCAACUUGACUGAUCACAGCGUGAUGAAGUUGGCCAGCCUGCCCAAGUUGAAGCGCAUCGGCUUGGUGAAAUGCGCUGGAAUUACAGACCACAGUAUCUACAGCUUGGCCAUGGGUGAAAUCAAAGCUGGGCGAAAGGUCAACGGUAUCAGUGUCUUGGAGCGAGUGCAUCUCAGUUAUUGCACACAGCUCACACUUGAUGGCAUACAUAUCUUGCUCAAUCACUGCCCCAAACUGACCCAUCUGAGCUUGACUGGAGUUCAAGCAUUCCUGCGAGAAGAGCUCAUCGUGUUCUGUCGAGAUGCACCUCCCGAAUUCAACGAGCACCAGCGAGACGUCUUUUGCGUCUUUUCCGGCACUGGCGUCGCCAAACUUCGUCAAUAUCUCAAUGAACAAAAGGCCGCCGCCUCACCUCCACGAACGGAUUCCAUCCCCGCCUCUGUCGUCUCCGAAGGCGAUCCCAUGGAAGACAUCGAUGACCAGCAUCCCGACUCGGAUGGCAGUAACACACCUGUCAUGGUCGUCGAUGUCCAUGGACAACAACCUCAAGGUCAUCCAACUCUCGUUGUCCCAGGGCCCUCUGCAAUACCCUGGUCACAAAUGCACUCCCAUCAGGCUGGGAGUGGCCACAUUCCCCAUGGAAGUACUCCUUCACCACUGAGUCAGAGUGCGCCUGUCACGUCUGGAUCCGCAUGGACGGGUGUGCCACCCCAUUUUCAGAGCAACCAAUCCCAUCUCGCGGGAAUGAUGGGUGCUGCAGCCUUGGACGAGACUGAGGUGGAUGGCGAUGAGGCUUUUGGGGAAGAGAGUGAAAUUAUGGAUCAGGAAUAGCUGUCGCCAGAGGGUAGGGAGCAGGAAUUGAUGUUGCAGUGAGCAUGCCGCAUGGAUGGAAGAGGAGGUGCUUUUGAACUGAGUGGAACUGGGGACAAUGACGGAUGAUUCUCAUGAAGCAUUUUUCAUAGCGUCCUGCUGCUAACUGUUUUUGUUUUGUUUGCUUGCGUGGAGGCAUUAUCCAACAAGACGAAAUUAGCCCAUAGCGUGCCUUUUUUUGCAUAUAAUAGUACUAAGGAAGAGUAUACC